CCGUCCCGCCUCCGCACCCGCCCCGAACUCGUCACCUUCGUCACCAUGAUCAUCUACAGCUGCUCGGCCCAUCACGCCGCCACCAACAGCGGGCAGUUCGAGCUCGGCGCCUUCAUGCCCAACAUGCCGGCGGCCAUGCGGGAGCCGCCGCCGGCCGCGAAGGCGCCGCUCGCCGAGGCCGAUUUCCUGGGCGCCGUCUCGGCCGUCAACACGACCUGCGUCACCCUGGCCGUGCUGUGGGUGCUGCGCAACGAGCCGCUCGACAUGCGCCCGCUGGGCUGUUACCCCGAGGAGCACUUCACGGAGGAGGCGCCGCGGCGCCUCAUCGCCGCCUUCCAGCGCCGCCUGGCCCGGAUCUCCCGCGACAUCCGGGCCCGCAACGCCGGCCUGGCCCUGCCCUACGCCUACCUGGACCCCGCCCAGGUGGAGAACAGCGUCGCCAUCUGAGCCCGGACGCCUGGGCCCCCCGCCCGGCGCCGCCCGGACGCCUGGGCCCCGCUGCUGCUGCGCUGCCUGGACGC